UGUCCAGAAUGGCUGACAGUAUAAAUACACGACGUGCUUGUGGCAAGGUCGUUAUAAAAAAAUGCAUAGAGAAUGCUGGAUUUGUGUUGUUUUGUUUUAUGUUUGUGAUAAGCCUAGUUCCAUCAUUUGGUGAAAUCCUUUAUUCGCCUAGUCUCGCAUUCAUUUUGACGAUAUCGCUCGUUUUCUUUUGUCCUGCGUUGUGCUUUUGCAAGCGGAAAAGAAUAUGGCGAAUAGGCCUCUCCCUUCCGCUUUGGAGGACCAUCCUGCUUGAAAAGGAGGCAGCACAAAAAAGAAGCAUAACAUCGAUAACUGAUAUAAAGACCAGUCGAUAUGGAAGAAUACUGAAACUCUGAGGAGAAAGUGCCACUAAAGUGAUGACAACAAGGCUUGACCGGCUCUUUCUUUUGUUGGACACUGGGUCCACACCUCUUAUUCGCAAAUCAGCUGCUGAACAACUUGGUGAAGUACAGCGUCUGCAUCCUUAUGAGCUCAAUAACUUGUUGGUUAAGGUACAUGGAUAUCUUCGAAGCAACAGCUGGGACACACGCAUUGCAGCAGGACAGGCUCUGGAAGCAAUUGCCAGAAAUGUGCCUCAGUGGGAUCCUGUUGGUGCUCCAAAAUCAGAUCCAGAUGUCUUGCCAGCUGCACAUGUGGCAGGACGAAUUUUGUUUUCACAAUUUAACAUCCAGCGAGUGCUGAGUUUUGGGAGCUCACUAUUAAGCUGUGAAGGUGCUCAGUAUGAUUGUGAUAUCAGUGCAACAGCAGACAAGGAGCACCUACAUCAGCAAAGAAUGCUGCUCAACAAACGUCUGGGACUGGAUAUUGCAGGCAGCCUGGGUAUGGACACAACUGCACUGUUCAAUGAUGAGGAUCUGUGUAUGGAGACUGGUUAUCAACAGAGUCCAGUGUUGGGGCCUUCCUUGUCACAGCCUAUAUCAGAAUUGGUCAGGCAGCAGCUAGUUGCAGUGACCAGUGGGUUGACUGGUGAACGAAAAACUACUCCUAGGCUGGCUCGAACUACUGCACGCUUGAAGUCCACUGAAAAUAACAAGCGUGAAUCAAUAGUUGAGAUUCCAGCUAAGCGUGUCAAACUGGAACAUGAUGAAGGAGAGAGCAAGCUGGUUGUAGACAUUGGUGACAACACUGUUAACCCAGAUGAGAUAGAGGAAUGGCCAUUCGCAUGGUUGUGUGAAGCUUUGAUGAAUGACCUCUUCCACAGUGCAUGGGAGAUACGGCAUGGGGCUGCUACUGGGCUUAGAGAGAUACUGAAGAGUCAUGCCAGAGGUGCUGGCAAGUCGAGCAGCACACCAGCUGAUCAGAUGACAUCUGUGAACCAAACCUGGUUGGUAGAUGCUUCCCUCCGCCUUUUGUGUGUUCUUGCCUUGGAUCGUUUUGGAGAUUUUGUUGCAGAUGAGGUUGUGGCACCCGUGCGAGAGACGUGUGCUCAGACUUUAGGGGUUAUUGCUCGCCAUCUGACAGAAGAAGGAGUUGAAGGAAUGGUAGGAGUUGUGCUUCAGCUUCUGGGACAGCAGCAGUGGGAAGUGCGUCAUGGGGGGCUUCUCAGCCUGAAAUACGUACUUGCUGCUAGACAGGACUUGACUCGCCAGUUGCUGCCAAUGGUCUUGCAAGCCAUUUUCUAUGGGCUUCAGGAUCCUGAUGACGAUGUUCGUGCAGUGGCCGCUGCAUCUCUCAUUCCAGUGUCUCAGCAGCUGGCCUGUAUUAUGCCAGAUAUGGUUCCAGUGGUAGUGGCCAGUCUGUGGGAAACACUUCUAGACCUUGAUGACCUGACAGCAUCCACAAACAGCAUCAUGAUGCUGCUGGCCAGACUGCUAUCUCAGCCAGCUUCACAAUCUCUUAUCUGCCUGACCCAAUCCCUAACAGGGCUAGUUCCUCGGCUGUGGCCUUUUCUUCGACACAAUAUUUCAACUGUCCGUCGAGCUACGCUACAGACUAUGCUGACGCUGCUUACGCAAAACCCUUCCCAGGGAAAGAGUGAGUGGAUAGCCCCUAUACUGCAGGAUACUCUGCGGCAUGUCUACCAGCGGAGUCUUUUAGAACCACAGCCAGAACUACUGCAGCUGGUGGAGCAAGUGUGGGAUGCAUUGCUGCAAGCUGUGAUCCCUGAGUAUCUGGUAGCUACAGCAACUCCUUGGCUCGGUGUGUGGCUGUGCUUACUCAUGCAACCUGCAAAGAUGCCCUAUGAACCUACCUACUUGUUGGAAGCUAAGCACAGGGUAAAAGAAACUGUUUUGGUGAAGCAACGUCCAGUCCCUGAAGCUCAGCGUCAGGCAGGUUCUUCUGCUGACCAGAAGGACUACAUUGGUGGUGGUGAUGAUGGUAGCUCAGAGUUGUCUGACAAAGGGGACAGCAUUACAAGAGCUCGAAUAGUUGGUGCUAGACUUCUUGGUAAGCUGGCCAGUUGCAUCACACAACCUCUGACAGGCCUUCCCCCAACAAUGGAACCUCCAGCAGUUUCUCUUGGAAAGCUGUGCAUCUUCCAUCUCAACACAAAGUCUGCACUGCAACGUCUUGCAAUUGCACAAAUGCUUAUUCACUGGGCACAACAGCUGUCGCCAUGCCAUUGCCCAGCAGAGCUGAAGGCACGAGUGUUGGAGUGCCUGAAUGAAAACAUUUACUACGAUGAGAUAGCCCUGGCGUUCACUCGCAUGCAGACAGAUGUACGGGACUUCCUGGCCUGUCUCAAGCAGGAGGGAAUAAAUCUGGAGUCCAUGUACCCACCAAACUUGAUCAUUGGCCUUGAGCAGGCCAUGCAUCUGGUGACAUCCUUGUACGAUCAGGUCAAGGUCAGCUUAAAGCCUCGUGUGCAGCCAAGCUUUCAGGAACGUCGUCGCCAGCUUCAUGCAAUUGUGUCCAGUACCUACAACGACCACCAGGCUCUCAGUGUCAGAGUGCUGUGUAGUCUUGCUAUGGCAGUUGUAAAGUUGGAUGAAUUGCCAGACAAACUCAACCCUGUCAUUCGACCCAUUAUGGAGGCAAUCAGGUGCGAAGAAAAUGAAGAAGUGAGAAGCCAGGCUGCACUCUGCCUGGCUCACUUAAUGCAAAACUGUUUGUCUCGCAACCCAAGUCCCAAUGGCAAGAUCAUCAAGAAUCUUUGUGGGUUUCUCUGUGCUGAUCCUACUGUAACACCAAAUGUCAUGACACCAAUGCAGCAUCGACCAUUAGAAUUUUCACCACUGGAAGUUGUUUGUGAUUCAAGGAAUGGAAUCCUUACGUUAACAAAUUUACAAAAGAUGCCAGAACAAAGAGGAAGGGGUGGGUACAGACGAAGCAAUAGUAUCAAAGCUGAUGGGGAGAAGAAGAAUGGUAAUUCAGUGCCUGAUGGCGUUGCUGUCAUUGCAGACAUCACACAAACCCAGGAAGAUCAAGAGCAGGUCCAGAAGCAGCUCACAAUACAGAGGUUAGGGUCAGAGGUGGCCCUGACCACCAUCUGUGAACACUUUGGUGCAACAGUACCGGAGCAAGUACCGGAACUGUGGAACAUUUGCAUGCAGUCACUUGAAAAUUCUAAUUCACAUACUCCUGAUGACACAGCAGAACCCAUUACAGAAGCACAUCAAGAAAUUGUGAAUUCCUUGCAACUCUUGGAAGUUGUCAUUCCAACCCUGAACCCUAAGCUUUUAGGGCAGGUGAUGGAUCACCUCACUGUUCUGUGCAACUACCUACAUCACAUCAGUACUGCCAUACGCCACAUGGCAGCACGAGUAAUAGCGGUGCUGAGCGUGCAGCAGCCAUCGCAGGUGCUGACAUAUGUCAUUGAAAACGUUCUACCUGCCCUGGGCGCCACACAGAACAACAGAAUGCGUCAGGGUGCAUGUGAGGCCUUAUCCAAUAUCCUGGAACAACUGGGACUUCGUGUUGUUCCCUAUAUUGUGCUUAUGAUGGUACCAGUGCUUGGUCGCAUGGCAGAUCAGGACAGCUCAACCCGUUUGAUGGCCACACAUUGUUUUGCAACUCUAAUUCGCCUCAUGCCCUUGGAGGCAGGAAUCCCAGAUCCUCCAGAACUAAAACCAUCAUUAGCCGAAAGGCGGGAAAGAGAGCGCCAUUUCCUGGAGCAGCUGUUGGACUCGUCAAAGCUGGAGCCCUACCACAUCACAGUCCCAGUCAAGGCCACUUUGCGUAAAUACCAACAGGAUGGUGUGAACUGGCUGGGAUUUUUGAACAAAUACAAGCUGCACGGCAUCUUAUGUGAUGACAUGGGCCUCGGAAAGACUCUGCAGUCUCUCUGCCUCUUGGCUUCAGAUCACUAUAAUAGGCAGCAAGCAUAUCAGAGCACUAAGAACCCCGACUGUGCCCCUUUGCCAUCAAUAGUGAUCUGCCCACCAACAUUAGUUGGCCACUGGGUAUACGAAGUGAAGAAGUUUAUAGACACAGACUACCUCAAUCCACUCAUGUAUGCAGGCCCUCCAGCAGAGAGAGUCAAGUUGCAAAGAAAGGUCAAGAGUCACAAUUUGAUUAUAGCAUCUUAUGAUGUUGUCCGCAACGACAUUGAUUUCUUCAGUUCUCUGAGAUGGAACUACUGCAUCUUAGAUGAGGGUCACAUAAUACGCAAUGGCAAAACUAAGUUGUCAAAGGCAGCUAAACAGUUGAUAAGUCAGCAUCGGCUUAUCUUGUCUGGGACACCUAUCCAGAACAAUGUGCUUGACCUGUGGUCACUGUUUGACUUCUUGAUGCCUGGUUUUCUGGGCACUGAGCGGCAGUUCCAGGCUCGUUUUGGGAAACCCAUUCUUUUGUCAAGAGAUGCCAAGAGCACUUCAAAAGAACAGGAAGCAGGUGCCCUUGCCAUGGAAAAGCUUCACCGACAGGUGCUGCCAUUUAUCCUCCGACGUUUGAAGGAGGAUGUCUUAAAUGACCUGCCUCCAAAGAUCAUCCAAGAUUACUACUGUGAUCUCAGUCCUUUGCAGGUGGAGCUGUACGAGGACUUUGCCAAAUCAAGGGCUAAGCGCAGUGUGGAUGAUGUAGUCACAUCCAUAUCAGAUGAGCAGAAAGAGAAAAAAGCGACUUCUCAGGGGACAACACAUAUUUUCCAGGCAUUGCUGUACUUGAGGAAGGUGUGCAACCAUCCAGCUCUCGUGCUGACAUCGUUACACCCCAAGUAUCCACAGGUGAUGGAGAGGCUGACGCAGCAGCACUCUACCCUGCACGAUCUGCAGCAUGCACCUAAGCUCUCCUCAUUAAGGCAGCUACUUCUUGACUGUGGCAUUGGUGCAGCAAACAAUACAGGAGGAGGACCUGGUCCUGGCAGCUCCAGCAGUUCAGGGACUGACAACUCCUGUGAUGCUGAUGUUCCAGUGGUGGGUCAGCAUCGUGUGCUGCUUUUCUGCCAGCUGAAAGGCAUGCUGGAUAUCGUUGAAAAAGACUUGCUCAAGAUUCAUAUGCCAACUGUAACAUACCUGCGUUUGGAUGGCAGUGUUCCUGCUGGCAGUCGCUAUGACAUUGUUCACAGGUUCAACAAUGACCCAUCCAUUGACAUGUUGCUGCUGACAACGCAUGUGGGAGGUCUAGGACUAAACUUGACAGGUGCAGAUACAGUCAUCUUUGUGGAGCAUGACUGGAAUCCUAUGAAGGACCUCCAAGCCAUGGACCGUGCUCACCGCAUAGGGCAAAAGAAAGUAGUAAAUGUUUACCGCCUGAUCACUAGAGGAACGCUGGAAGACAAAAUCAUGGGACUUCAAAAGUUCAAGAUGACAGUAGCAACAACAGUCAUCGGCCAGGACAACGCCAGUCUGCAGACAAUGAGCACAGAGCAGCUGCUGGAUCUGUUCACACUGGACUGUCAGAGCAAGGGCACUACCAUGGGCAUGCAACUCCCUACCUCACAGUCUUCACCACAGACUGGCCGCGAGAGCAUGCGGGCCAUACUGGAUAGUCUGGAAGAACUCUGGGAUGAGAAGCAAUAUGAGUCAGAAUAUAAUCUGGAUAGCUUCAUGAAAUCACUGACUAAGUGAUUGUGAGCCUCUGUGACUUUGUUACCUCUGAAACAGAAUAUGCCCUCAGAUUGCCUUCACACAUCAUGAAGUUGAUGACCAAACAGUUACAGUUUGUUUGUUUUUAAAGAUAGUACUGUCAGAAUGACAGAAACUACAGCCAGGAGAGCUUGAGGUUAGAAAGUGAGGAAUGGAAAAAAGCAGAUAAUUGUUGCAAAUAGUGCUUCGUUCCAUUAAUUGUCUGCAUAUGUGUGCAUUCAGCAGAGUUUUAUCUCACGUGAGCAUACAGGCAUGCAUAUUCUCUUCCAGUCCUGACAGUAAUGUCAGUCUUUCAUCUGUCAGAAACAUGCAUAAGUUCAGGUUGAAUAAUUGCUAAUGGCUAAAGAAGACAACUACAUGAAGGAUAACUUUUUAAAGUUUUUGUUAUUGAUAUUUUUGAGAUCUCACAUUUAGCUCUUGAACGGUUGGACAUUUAAUCAUGACCCCUAAAUGUACUAUGAUGGUCAUAGUAAUAAUGCUGCAAAUGAGUGGCUUAAUGAGCUCAAGAGUGGGUCACACUAAAUAUGAAAAUAUCUUUUGGGGGUUCAAGGUUGUCACUAUAACCUACUUAAGUAUCACAAAAUUAUUUAUUUCAUCUACAAUUCAAAAAGAAAUAUGUUAGUGCAUGUGAAAGAAAUGUGAAUCUGGUGUUUAAAUGCAGAGUGUUCCUGUUAUUUUUUUAUUUUCCUUUUCAAAUUUUGAAUGUCCUGAUCUCAGUUAUCACUUCUUCCUAUUCCGUAUGCAAGACAAGUACUCGCAAUAUGAUGUCCUGUAAAUAUUAUGAAUUCAAUUCAAAAGCUGUAAAAAAAAAACCACACACAAAUAAAAUCCAAAAGAUGACUUUAACAGUUAUGCCUCAAACAUUUUCAUGCUAGGAAGUGCUGCGACAGUUGCUAAUAGGGCAAUAAGACUGCAGAAGGUAUGGUGUAUCUGACUUCACUGACUACCAGGAUUGUGCCAACUGUUGAAAGUGUGCUGGGGACUUGGCCAGCUGAACUUCACUUCACGCUCAGUAUGUUGAAGUUGUAAUCCAGGAUUUAUCAUCUGCAUCACUGCCGCUGAUGUUUAAAACCUUUUUGUUUUUUGUCAUGUAAGCUUUGUUCAUGAGUUCAUACUUUGCAUCGUUUACUUGUGUCAUUCUUUGUUAUGUACUGUAAUCACAGUCUGAACCCAAAUGCCGGUUGCAAGUGUGCCUUAAGUUUGGUGAUUACAUUUGAAUGGGACAGAUAAUUGUAUAAGAGGUUUGAGCGUGUAAUAUUUUGAGAUUACUAAUUUUUGAAAUCUUAGACUGGGCAUUUAAAAAAAGCAUUUAUUUUGUUAGGCUGAUUCUCAGCUAAAGUUGCUUGGAGCCUGGUUUGAUGUUGAUAACAUCUUUCCUGAGCCUUAUAAAUGACUUGAAAAUAUCAAAUGGCAAAGACAUUAUUAUAUCGCGAGAUGAAAGGAUGAUUCUACUCUGCAUGAAUAUUAAAAGCAAAAUGUGAGUGUGAAAACGACUUACCUGAACUGCUUAGCAAAAGUUGAGAUGUCAUUCAUUUUUCAAAAAUGGCAGUCAAACUUUGACAUAGAUUUGUGGCUUAAUUACAUUUAUCAUUAUCAUUGAUCAUUACUCUGUCAACAUAUUGGCAAGAAAGCAGUUUUCUCCCUCACUUUCUGUACUUUGGUUCAUCUUUAUGACAGUUGUAUGUAAACUGAAGAAAGUCCUGUUUAUAACAGAGACACAAUUCUGAGCUGCCAUUAAUGAUGCAAGAUUUGUCAGUGUGCAUUAUUUUUAAGACUUUCACACUUUCAUGUGACGUGCAUGACUCUUUGCUAGUACAAACUGAUGCAGUUGUAAAAAUCCAUCUGUCAUUCACAUUUUUCUUCAGUCAAGUUUUCGCCCUUCAGUGAUUUAAAAAAAAAAUUAAUCUUUGGAAUUAAAUCGGCAAUGAAUUUAGUUCUGUGACAUGGAACCAAAGCUAUUUUCUUUGCGAUGGGAAAGUGAAUGUUGGUGCAUGCAGGUAUAAAUGCAUACCUGUACAUGUGGGUAGAGGUACAUGAGUGGAGUCUUUCCUGUUUAGUUAUUGUGCCUUUGAGCAUCUAAUGAAUAACAUUGAAACAAUAUCUAGAUUGUUCUCUUUUGUACAUAUCUACUGUAGCAUUGCUACUUUUUUUUUUGUUAUUAAAUUUUAAACAUGUAAGCAAGACAUUUCAGAUUGAAGACUUAAGACUUUCAAAGGUUUAGUUAUUUAUAACUCUUUUUGCAGAGACUUAAGAAAACCUUAUGUUAAAACUGUUAGAUAGCAUAUUUGUUAAAGUAACAGAGCUGGCAACAGUAAAGUAUAUUGCAGCUUAAAAAAAAAUCAAGUAAUGGUUUAUAUUUGUUUAUUAUCAUUUAUAAUUUCAUGUUUUCCACACAGAAGGAAAUCAGGAUUCAUAGAAAGAUGAUUAAACAAAACCUGCAGAUUAAGGCCUCAUCCUCAGCUUUAUAAUCAAAAAUGAAUUUGAUUCCAGUUCAAACUUCUGAAGGAACAAUAAGACAUAUGAGGCAAAGAUUUGUUCAAACACAAUCUGCCUUCAUGUGCACAGGAUUUUUUUAACCUUAGAAUCCAUUUUUAGACCAACAGAAAGGUGUUUCAGGUCCUUGAGAUUUUGUUGUUUUGUGUUUUUCUAGAUGGUAUUGAAGGUGGUGUAUAGGAAAGACUUUUGAGAUUGCAAGUGAAAAUUAUGUCUUUGAUGGUACAAUUUGCUCGGAACACUAGUUUCUGGAUGUUUUCUACUACAACUGCACAUCCAUUCAGGGUAAUUUCUUGCCUCCUGUGUCGCUGACAUGCUGCUAACAAUAUGAAUUAUCAAACUCCUCUUGCAUUUUUUUUUCCAUGUAGCACCAACAAAUUGUGCCAGUUGCCAAGUUUGCCUUCUUUCCUCAUGUUUGUUUUUUUCUGUUUUGUUUUGCCAGCCCUGACCCAUUGUGAUUUGUUUUUUAUCUGUAUAGUUGAAUGCUUGUAAAAGGUUAUGGCUUUGACUGCUUGUACUGUUACUAAAAUGGUCAAACAUGCUUCUGCUUAGGACUAGGACAUGUCUUUACUUUUGCCUUCAACACUUUGUUAAUUUUCAGAUCUGAACUGAAAGAUAUGUGGUAAGGCCUAUUGGUGUUAAAACAGAUUUGCUGCAUUUUUUUUUUAAUAACUUCAACAGAC